AUGUCUGCUCUCCAGGUAGCAAAUGCCAUUGAGAUCGCCUGGAAUCCGUCCUCCGACCAAGCCCUGAAGUCGCAAGCCUUCGAAUACCUCAGCCAACUCCGCUCCGAUCCCUCGGGAUGGCCCGUCUGCCUUAACCUCUUCACCAAGUCCCCCCCACAGCCCGAGAUCGUGCGACAUGCGAGCUUGGAGAUCGUCAAUAGUGCCGCCCAGGCGGGUAUGAUUGAUUUGGCCUCGCUAGCGGUCGUGCGUGAUGGAUUGCUGACUUACCUCCGGACGGUGUAUGGUCCGGAUGGGACCGCCGCGCCCGACGCACCUUAUAUCCAGAACAAGAUCGCGCAGACCGUCACCUUUCUGUUCUCGGCUCUCUACGCUAAUGGCUGGGAGACCUGUUUCGACGAUCUCCUCGGCCUCACCUACAAAUCUUCCGCCAGCUCGACCCGUGACAACCCGUUCGGAAUUGUGUUUUACCUGCGCGUGGUGAACUCGAUCCACGAGGAGAUUGGUGAUGUCUUGGUUUCACGAUCGCGCGGAGAGCAGGACAAGGCGAAUAGUCUGAAGGAUCUGAUACGGGAACGGGACAUGCAGAAGAUUGCCAGCUCGUGGCAGGAGAUUUUGUCAGCAUGGCGAGACGCCGAUGACACCGUGGUGGAGAUGUGCCUGAAAGCCGUUGGCAGCUGGGUCAGCUGGAUCGACAUUGGGUUGGUGGUGAACCAGACCAUGCUGGAUCUGCUGUUCCAGCAGCUGGGCCGGGCAGAGAAGCAGGAAUUGCGCGAGGGAGAGCAGCGGGUUCGGGAUGCGGCUGUGGAUGUUUUCACCGAGAUCAUCGGCAAGAAGAUGAAGCCUGCGGACAAGAUUGAAAUGAUUCUUUUCCUGAACCUUGACUCAAUCAUCACCCAGCUCUCGAACAGCCCCCCUGCGAGAAAACCGAUUCACCUUCAAGUACGAUACCGAUCUGGCUGA